AUGAGUUUGCGGGAAUGUGCGCGAUCCCAGGGAUUCCCGGACACAUACAGGCGCUUUGGAAUGUGCUUGAACAAGCAACAGACAGAUAAAUGCAUCACCAGUGAACUGCUCAAGGAUAUCCCCCUAACUGGGGUGCUGAGUGGGAGCGGAAGCGGAGGCGGAGGUGGAGGCGGAAGUGAAAGCAGAGGUGGAAGCGGAGGUGGAAGUGCAGCUGCAGCUGCAACUGCAGUGCCAACUGUAACUGUAGUUGUUGAACCAGAGCUUGUAAAAGGAGGACCCCUACCAUCCCCCAAGGAGGUUGUGAAUGGAAACAUUAAAACAGUGACCGAAUAUCGAGAAGAGGAAGAUGGCCGUAAAGUGAAGAUCAUCCGGACCUUUCGUAUUGAAACCCGGAAGGCCUCUAAGGCUGUUGCAAGGCGAAAGAACUGGAAGAAAUUUGGAAAUUCAGAGUUCGAUGCUCCUGGCCCGAAUGUGGCCACAACCACUGUGAGUGAUGAUGUCUUCAUGACUUUCAUCACCAGCAAGGAGGACCUGAACUGCCAAGAGGAGGAAGACCCGAUGAACAAGUUGAAAGGGCAAAAGAUUGUGUCCUGCCGUAUCUGUAAGGGUGAUCACUGGACCACUCGUUGCCCUUACAAGGACACCCUGGGACCCAUGCAGAAGGAGCUGGCUGAGCAGUUGGGGCUCUCCACAGGCGAAAAGGAGAAACUGCCAGGAGAACCAGAGCCUGUUCAAGCCCAGCAAAACAAGACUGGGAAGUAUGUCCCUCCCAGCCUGAGGGAUGGAGCUAGCCGCAGGGGAGAAUCCAUGCAGCCGAAUCGCAGAGGUGAGCUUGCUUAUGUGGGAAGGCUAGAGCUGAAUUUUCAGAGUUCUGCUACCAAUACAGGCUGAGUAUCUCUUAUCUGG